AUGGCUAAUGCACUUCCCCGAGUAUACCGGGCCGCCGUUCGGCUUUCCACCAAGCGGCCGCUGCCCUCUCGAGCCCAACACGUCCCCAUCCCAUCCUUUUCCACUCUACAAGACGCACGAACGGCGCACGAUGCCCAGCUAGCGCCUCCAUUCCCCGUGGCGGACGCGGCCAGCGCCACGGAGCCGUCCUUUGUGGCCGGCGUGCACGACGCCCUCUCGCGGCGCGGCAUGGCGCGGCUCACGCUGGGCUUCCCGGACCCGGGCAGCGACUUCCUGUCGGCGCUCGUGUGCAGCUUCCACGCGCGGCACGGGCACGCGCUGCCCAUCACGCACAGCGCGUCCCAGGGCUGGUUCUGGGACGUGCGGCCGAGCGACGGCCGCGUGAUCCCGCUGCAGACGGCCGACCACCAGGCGCGCUCCGAGACCAUGGCCGACUUCCCCUGGCACACCGACUGCAGCUACGAGGGCGCGCCGCCGCGCUUCUUUGGGCUGCACGUGCUGCAGCACGACCGCGCCGGCGGCGGCACGCUCUCGGCGAUGAAUAUUGAGACGCUCGGCGCCGCGCUGUCCCCGGCGGCACGCGCCGCCCUGCGCCGCGACGAGUUUCGCAUCGCCAUCCCGCCAGAGUUUAUCAAGGACCCGGCGCGGACGAGUAUCGUGGGCAGCGUCAUGGCGGUCCGUGAGGCCGAGGGCGGCCAGAAGACGUGCGUGAUGCGGUACAGGCGGGAUCUGCUCCAGCCGCUGACGGCCGAGGCUGAGGCGGCGCUGGCGGAGCUGGAUGGGCUGCUGGAGGGCUCGGCGGGCGGCGAGGACUGGGCGGCGAGGUCGACGGUUCACUUGAAGGCGACCGACUGCCCGGCUGGUACGAUCAUCUUGAUGGACAACAGGCGAUGGCUGCAUGCGCGAAAUCACAUCAAGGACCCUGAGCGUCACCUGCGUCGUAUCCGAUGGGACGCCAUUCCGUUUCCGUGA